CUCUGUGGCCAUGAUCGAGAAGAGUUUAUUCCUGAUAUCUCGCCUGCAUCUGUGGCUGGCAUCUUCAGAGAGAAACAUAACAUACAUUCAUGUUUCUUGGGUUGGGACCAAAACACACUGCAGAAAUAACCCAGUUUGAGACCGCUUGAAGUGCCCUGCUGGCUCAGUGCUAGGGAAUCCUGGGAACUGUAGUUUCGUGAGACAUUUGGCCUCCUCUGUCACAGAGAAGUCCAGUGCUGUGAUAAACUAUAAUACACAGGGUUCCCAAGCCAGGGCACACUUAAAGCGGCCUCAGAGUAGAUUUAUUUCUGAAGUGUGGCCCGAAACACACCGCAGAAAUAACCCAGUUAGAGAUGGCUUUAUCUGCGCCUGGCUCAGCGCUAGGGAAUCCUGGGAAAUGGUGGUUUAUUGUGGCGCAGCAGAGCAAUCUCUGAAUCUGAAACGCCUCUUCUGGACCGAAGGUGGGACUGGCAUGGAGGGCAUGUCCUGGGGAAGGAGGGCACUGGACUGUCUCCUGAUCCCCUGCUUUGUCCCAAGCAGUGAAAGAGGGUCUGUAGGCCCCGUCUCCAUGCUCGGUUUCUAUGGCAACGGCCUGGAAGCCCAUCCAGCCAAUCAGGGAGCGGGAGAGCGCCGUCCUUCCUCAGGGAACCGCCUCCCUCGGAGCUGCCUUCUUUGCCAAAGCCUCGCUCAGCCAGCGCUGCCUCCGCCAUGUUGAUGCUGGGCCGGGGGCUGGAGGCCAGGGACAAUCAGACGAAACAAGUACGGGAAGCUGUUACAAAUGUGGAAAAACAUUUUGGUGAACUGUGUCAGAUAUUUGCAGGAUAUGUUCGGAAAACUGCCAGACUACGAGACAAAGCAGACCUUCUGGUAAAUGAGAUACAUGCCUAUGCAGCUACAGAGACACCAAAUUUAAAACUGGGACUGAAAAAUUUUGCAAACGAGUUUUCCAAACUUCAAGAUUAUCGCCAAGCAGAGGUAGAAAGACUUGAAGCCAAAGUAGUUGAACCUCUGAAAUGUUAUGGGACAAUCAUAAAACUUAAAAGAGAGGAUCUCAAAGCAACAUUAACAGCAAAGAAUCGAGAAGCAAAACAGUUAUCUCAACUUGAAAGAACACGCCAGCGAAAUCCAUCAGAUCGGCACAUUAUUUCUCAGGCUGAAAGUGAAUUACAGAGAGCUUCACUUGAUGCUACUCGAACAACUCGACAGUUGGAAGAAACCAUUGACAACUUUGAAAAACAAAAAAUAAAAGACAUAAAGAACAUAUUUUCAGAAUUUAUAACUAUUGAAAUGCUAUUCCAUGGAAAAGCCUUGGAGAUUUACACUGCUGCCUACCAAAGUAUACUAAAUAUUGAUGAGAAUGAAGACUUGGAGGUGUUUCGGAGUUCACUUUAUCCACCAGACCAUCAGUCUCGUUUGGACAUAGUUCUUGCAAAUUCAAAGUCUCCCCUUCAGAGGACUAGUUCAUCCAAACCUUGUGCUGGAAUUGUUCAGAUUUCCAGGAAUCAAUUGAAAAAGGAAGAAGAGGAAGAAAAUGAUGAUGAGGACGAUGAUGAGGAGGAUGAAGAUGAUGAACUAGAAACAACGAAGGAGGACAGAUAGUAUUUUUCACUAGAAAAUGCUUCUUCUAUCUUAUUAUUGUGUUGAUGCUUGUUACUCAAGAGAUCAUAGUCCACCAAUUUAAUUUACAUUAAAAUUGCUGACUACUUUAAGAAAGACAUUUGUACUUCAUCACCUUGCAAUAUCUUGCUGUCUUGAUAUUUAAAGGUCUACUAAAAAUGGGAUUAUUCCCUUAGGCGGGAAAUGAAAGCUGUAUUAAUGAUUGUAUAUAAAUCUGUAUUAGGCAAGUUAGCAGGUUUGGCUUUAUGAAUGGACCUGGGGUGGGAAUUAUGUGGCCCUACCGAUGAUACUGGACCACAGGUCCCAACAGCCCAGGCUAAUUUAGCCAGUUGUGAGAAAUACUGGAAAUUAGUCCGACAUCUGGAGGAAUAUGUGCCUUAAAAUAAUGCAAUCUGCUUUGAUCUGUAAGCAGUCCAUUAGCCUAAAAGUCAGAAAUCUAAAAAUAGGGGUCGAAAACCAUUCCCAUCUUAAUUCUUAAGGAUAUGUGCCCAGUGGAGAAUGGAUUCUGAUCCACCCCAACUUACUUUAUUUCCUGCUUCUCAAUUUUAUCACUGGCAGAGCUGUAUGAGUAUGACAUGAUUAGCAGCAGAAAAAUGGACUGGAUUUAACAGCUGUAUGCUUUGUGAAUGUGGCUUUGGCCUUACAGAAUUUCUGUUAUUACCAAUACAUAUAGUGACAGUAUGGAGAUUGUUUUUAAUUUUCUCUGUGUAUCAGAAUAUCUGCAUUAACUUUGUAUUAUCAGUAUUAUAAAGACCAUAGUCUUUCUGAA